AUGUCGCUGUGCACCUCCAUGGUCAAGUCCAAGUUCCUCGACAAGCCUGAGGACAUUGGCGUUGUCGUUGCUGGCUUCUCUGGUGGUCAGCGCAAGGCAGGUGUCGACCACGGCCCCCAGGCUCUCAUCGACGCCGGUCUCCUGACCUCGCUGCGCGCCGAGCUCGGCUACACCCUCCACGGCGACGACAAGGUCCACUCGUACGAGGACAUCAUCCCCGCCGACGAUGCGCCCGUCCGCAACAUGAAGAACCCGCGUGCCGUCUCGGCCGUGACGGAGCGCAUUGCCACGCAGGUCUACGAGCACGCGCGGCAGGGCCGCAUGGUGCUCACGCUCGGCGGCGACCACAGCAUCGCCGUCGGCACCAUUGGCGGCUCGGCGCGCGCCACGCGCGAGCGUCUCGGCCGCGAAAUCGCCGUCAUCUGGGUCGACGCCCACGCCGACAUCAACACGCCCGAGACGUCGGACAGCGGCAACAUCCACGGCAUGCCGGUGGCGUUUGUCACGGGCCUCGCCAAGGAGGCGAAGCGCGACUGCUUCGGCUGGCUCCAGGACGAGAACAUGCUGAGCCUCCAGAAGCUCGUGUACAUUGGGCUGCGCGACGUCGACGCCGGCGAGAAGAGGAUCCUGCGCGAGCACGGCGUCAAGGCGUUCAGCAUGCACGACGUCGACCGCCACGGCAUCGGCAGGGUCAUGGACAUGGCGCUUGCGCACAUUGGCACCGACACGCCCAUCCACCUGUCGUUCGACGUCGACGCGCUCGACCCCCAGUGGGCGCCCAGCACCGGCACGCCCGUGCGCGGCGGCCUGACGCUGCGCGAGGGCGACUACAUCUGCGAGUGCGUGCACGAGACGGGCAGCCUCAUCGCCGUCGACCUCGUCGAGGUCAACCCGGCGCUCGCCGACACGGAGAUGGGCGCCGCCGAGACCAUCCGGGCCGGCUGCUCCCUCGUGCGUUGCGCCCUGGGCGAGUCGCUGCUGUGA